AUGUCCACCGACCCAAAGUUCGACGAACUCCACAAACAACUAUUUGAAGAAGGCCUUAAAACCCGCCGCUCUGUUAUCGGAGAUGCAUAUGUCGACAGAGCCCUCGAGAACGGCUCGACUGAAUUCUCUCGACCAGGGCAAGAGCUCAUUACGGAAUGGGCCUGGGGAAACGUGUGGGGCAGACCGGGCCUUGCGAAGCGCGAUCGCAGUCUGCUCAACAUCGGCAUGCUGAUGGCCCUGAACCGCGGUCCUGAGUUGGCGGUUCAUAUCCGAGGGGCGCGGAACAAUGGGCUCAGUGAGCUUGAGAUCCGGGAAGCUAUCAUUCAUGCUACGGUUUAUUGCGGUGCUCCUGCUGGGGUGGAUGCUAUGAAGAUUGCCGAGAGAGUGCUGAAUGAGAUGGCUGAGAAUGGGGAGAUGGAGCGUGAAUUGGGGGGCACACCCCCGAUCAGCGCUCACCCCGCCGCCGCAAAUAACAAGGGAGAUUCCCAAGAAAAUAAGAUGGCUUCGUUCAUCACCACAAUGUCGGUCCCCUCUACUUCUGCCUCAUCUCACAUGUCGACUCCCUCCGAGACCUCGUCUCAUUCCUUAUCGCGAUCCCCUCCAACCCCUUCCCUCAGUCUGAGCCCGUCGGGCAUCUACCAGACCACCCGUACUUCUCAUAUCCCUCUUCUGGAACCUCCAUCCUAUCUCUCUCCAGCAGUGCGCGCGCUCAAGCAAGGCUCAUAUGGACUAACCCCUCCCAGCAAUGCGCGGACGCGAGCCCCGUUCAAGCCCCGCUCUGCGGCCAAGGGCACCAGUAGUUACCAGCUCAGACAAUUUGCCGAGGCGACUUUGGGAAGUGGCAGUCUGCGCAAGGCUGUCAUGCUCCCCGAGGGCGAGGAUUCGAGUGAAUGGCUUGCUGUGAACAUUGUCGAUUUCUACAACCAGAUAAACCUCCUCUAUGGAUCCAUAACCGAGUUCUGCUCGCCGCAGACAUGUCCUGAAAUGAAGGCGACCGAUGAAUUCGAAUACCUCUGGCAAGACUCGGAGAACUUCAAGCGCCCGACCAAGAUGUCCGCACCAGAAUACAUUGAGCAUUUGAUGAGUUGGGUACAGAGCAACAUCGAUAAUGAGCAGAUGUUCCCUAGCCGAAUCGGCGUUCCAUUCCCCAAAACCUUCCCCAGUCUCAUCCGCCAGAUCUUCAAGCGCUUGUACCGUGUUUACGCUCAUAUCUACUGCCAUCAUUACCCGGUAGUCGUGCACCUCGGUCUUGAGCCUCACCUCAACACCAGCUUCAAACACUAUGUCCUGUUUAUCGAUGAGCACAAGCUGGCUACUGGUAAGGAUUACUGGGGGCCUCUGGGUGAUCUGGUGGACAGCAUGUUGCGCAGUGACUAA